UCUUUGGGUGUAUAUAUACUACGGCGCGAAUGUGAAGAGCCCCAAAGUUAUUAAUUAAUAUAUCCUAUAAUCCCGAGGAAAAUUUUGUUUCAGUUCUGAAAAACAGAAAGAAUCUAUCUUCGGGAAAUUCGUCAAUGGAGCCCGACGUGGUGGAGAUCGCUCCUCCUCCGAUCGCUUCGGGUUCGAGAACUCGAAAACCCAGAAAGUCUGUGAUUCCCGAAGUGAUUGAUGUGGAACAAUACGAGUUCCGCAACAAUGCUGCCGAUAAGAAGAACAAAGGGAAGGCUGUACAAGUUAGCUCUUUUAGUGAUCAUAACCAAUUUAGUAAUUUGGUUAAUGAUGAGAUGGAGAUUGAUGACUUGGCAAUGCUUCAAGCCGUUUUGAAUUCUCAGGACAUCCCUUCUGAUGUAGAAGUGGUGAUGACUACACAACCUUGGGGUGCAAAUUCGAGCAGCAAAGGAACCGCUAAAUCAAGUAGAAGCAGUUUUAGAAGUCGUUCGGCGAAUGCAACUUUGAACCAAUCUCUGGCAACGUCUUCUGGUCCUCAGUCAUGGGAUUUCUUCUCGGGUUAUGCUUACCCUCAGAACGAUGAAACUAUCUAUUCCUCUUCAACGAUGAUUCAGCCUCAGACUCCUGAUAUAGUGAUGAUGCCAUCUCCUCCUUCAAGACCUUUUAAAUAUGAUGCUUCUGCUAGCUCUUCUCGCCCUGUAGUAGCGGCUAAGGUCGUUUCUUCAGCUCAGGAUAAUUUUUUGCGAGACUUUAAAAGAUUUGACACUGUUGAGGAGUUCUCGGAUCAUCACUAUGCUUCCAAAGGGAAAGCUUCAAAGCAGCACUCUAAGAAUUGGGUGAAGAAAGUUCAAGCAGAUUGGAAGAUUCUUGAGAAUGAUUUGCCAGAGACGAUAUUUGUCAGAGCCUGUGAGUCAAGAAUGGAUCUUUUGAGAGCUGUGAUUAUUGGAGCAGAGGGAACUCCUUACCAUGACGGUCUUUUCUUUUUCGAUAUCCAGUUCCCUGAUACCUACCCUUCAGUGCCACCAAAAGUUUACUACCAUUCGGGUGGGCUUAGGAUCAAUCCGAAUCUAUACGCUUGUGGUAAAGUAUGCUUGAGUCUUCUCGGUACCUGGUCCGGUAACACUAGGGAGAAAUGGAUCCCAAAGGAGUCGACAAUGUUGCAGCUUCUUGUCUCAAUCCAAGCACUCAUCUUGAAUCAAAAGCCAUACUUUAACGAACCUGGCUACGAGCGGUCCAAGGGGACUCCCGCAGGCGAGGCUCAUUCUAAAGUUUACAGUGAGAACGUAUUCAUAUAUUCUCUAAGGACGAUGGUGUACAGCAUGAGAAGACCACCCAUGCAUUUUGAAGAGUUUGUUCGUAGCCAUUACUUUGUGCGGGCUCACGACAUAGUGAAAGCCUGCAAGGCUUAUAAAGACGGAGCUCCUCUUGGAUCGAUGGUCAAAGGAGGUGUCCAAGACGUGGAAGAAACUAGCCAGGGCGGCUCCAGUAAGUUUAGGACCGAUGUUGCUAGCUUUAUGAAGACAGUGGUGGAGGAAUUCGUUAAAUUAGGAGUCAAAGAGCUUGAAGAUAAACCGAAACCACCGCCUGAGGGCAAUGUCCUUAACGCAACCCGUAAGAGAACUAGAUCAUCGAGCAUCAAAGAAUUUCUCGCAAAUAUCGGGCGCUGCGUUUUUCAGUAGGAUUCAGUCGCGCAACAAUCAUCAAAAGUUGAAGAAGACUCGAGAAAGAAGAUUUGGUGAGUAGAGUAAUCUGACACAGAGUAGGAAGUCUGAUUUUUUUAUCUUUACUAUAUGGACAAAUGGAUUAAUAUU